AUGGCUUCUGCUCUGCGCCUCUCGCUGCUGUUCAUCGCCUCCGCCGCGGUCCUGUCUGGCGCCGCCGCGCAGCAGAUCAACAUCCGGGUUAACGUGCAAUGCUUGAACGUGCUGGACAACAGCCAGAUCGCCAACAUCCCCGGGCUCAAUGUGGGUGUGAUCCAGGUCAUCGCGGCGGCCCUCGGCGGGCCCGGCCAGGCGCCGUCGGCGCUGUUCUUCAACAGCGGCAGCAGCACCAAUAACUGCACCAACAACCAGAACUUCAACAGCAACUCCACGUGCAGCUCCGCCAUUGGCCCGAUCAACCUGGGCGUCUUGGGACAGGGUACUCUCAUCCCUUGCUUCAAUCAGCCUGCUACCCCCGCCCCCACCGCAGGGGGCCGCAAGAUGCUGCAGCAGGUUAACGUUCCGGUUACGGUUCAGUGCCUUAACCUGCUGAACAACAACCAGAUCGCCAACAUCCCCGGGCUCAACGUGGGCAUCAUCCAAGUCAUCGCGUCCGUGCUCGGCGGUCCCGGCCAGGCCCCGUCUGCGCUGUUCUUCAACAGCGGCACCAGCACCAACAACUGCACCAACAACCAGAACUUCAACAGCAACUCCACUUGCAGCUCUGCCGUUGGCCCGAUCAAUCUGGGUGUUCUUGGCCAGGGAACUCUUAUCCCCUGCUACAACGCGCCCGCCACCCCCGCCCCCACCGCCGGUGGCCGCAAGCUGCUGCAGCAGGUUAACGUCCCGGUUACGGUCCAGUGUCUUAACCUGUUGAACAAUAACCAGAUCGCCAACAUCCCCGGGCUGAACGUGGGUGUCAUCCAGGUCAUCGCUGGGCUGCUUGGCGGGGGUGGCCAGACCCCGUCUGCGCUCUUCUUCAACAGCGGCACCAGCACCAACAACUGCGUCAACAACCAGACCUUCAACAGCAACUCCACCUGCAGCUCCGCGAUCGGUCCCAUCAACCUGGGCGUCUUGGGGCAGGGCACUCUCAUCCCUUGCUACAACCAGCCCCCUGCCGGCGGCCGCAAGCUGCUGCAGCAGGUUAACGUGCCGGUUACCGCCCAGUGCGUUAACCUGUUGAACAACAACCAGAUCGCCAACAUCCCCAACGCGAUCGUGCAAGUCAUCGGAGUUGUCGCCGCGGUGGGCGGUGCUGGCCAGGCCCCGUCCGCCAUCUUCUUCAACACCGGCACCAGCACGAACGACUGCACCAACAACCAAGACUUCAACAGCAACUCCACGUGCAGCUCCGCCAUUGGCCCCGUCAACCUGGGCGUUCUCGGCCAGGGCUCUCUCAUCCCCUGCUACAAUGAGCCCCCCGCCGGCGGCCGCAAGCUGCUCCAGCAAGUCAACGUGCCCAUCACCAUCCAGUGCGUGAACCUGCUGAACAACAACCAGAUCCUCAAUCUCGCGAACCUGAAUGUGGGCGUCAUCCAGCUUAUCCUGUCCGCGCUGGGCGGUGGAGGCCAGACCCCGACCGCCGUCUUCUAUAACACCGGCACCUCCACCAACAACUGCCAGAACAACCAGGAGUUUACCAGCAACAGCAACUGCUCCUCCGCAGUCGGCCCCGUCAACCUUGGCGUUCUCGGCCAGGGAACUCUCAUCCCUUGCUACGGAUCUUGA